ACACCCCUUCCCCUUGGGGAAGAAUUGCACCCCCCAGGCCCUACCCAGGAAAGGACCCUCUCCUCGUUCAUCAUCAGCUCCCCUGCUGGACUACAUCCCCACCUGCCCACUUGGCCUCCAGGGCUUGUAGCCCGCAGCAGCCUGAGAUGACGGUCAAGCUGGAUUUUGAGGAAUGUCUGAAAGACUCACCCCGGUUCCGAGCCUCUAUCGAGCUGGUGGAAGCCGAAGUGUCAGAAUUGGAGACCCGUCUGGAAAAGCUCCUCAAGCUGGGCACCUGCCUCUUGGAAAGCGGGCGCCAUUACCUUGCUGCUGGCCGCGCCUUCAUAGUUGGCAUUUGUGAUCUGGGCCGCCUGGGUCCACCAGAGCCAAUGAUGGCGGAGUGUCUGGAAAAAUUCACUGAAAGCUUGACCAACAAACUGGACAGCCAUGCGGAGCUUCUAGAUGCUACCCAGCAUACACUGCAGCAGCAAAUCCAGACCCUGGUCAAGGAAGGUCUCCGGGCUUUCCGAGAGGCUCGCCGAGAUUUCUGGCGGGGGGCUGAGAGCCUGGAGGCGGCUCUUACCCACAACGCAGAGGUCCCCAGGCGCCGGGCGCAGGAAGCAGAAGAAGCAGGAGCUGCUCUGAGGACUGCUCGAGCCGGGUACCGUGGCCGGGCAUUGGAUUACGCUCUGCAGAUCAAUGUGAUUGAAGACAAGAGGAAGUUUGACAUCAUGGAGUUUGUGCUGCGCUUGGUGGAGGCCCAGGCUGUCCAUUUCCAGCAGGGCCAUGAGGAGCUGAGCCGGCUGGGCCAGUAUCGCAAGGAGCUGGGUGCGCAGUUGCAACAGCUGGUCUUGAACUCAGCACGAGAGAAGAGGGACAUGGAGCAGAGACAUGUACUGCUGAAACAGAAGGUAAGGGGCAGACAGGCCUGUGGCCUUGUUCUCUGCCCAGCCCACUUGCCCUCUGACCCUCUUGUUCCCCAGGAGCUGGGUGGGGAGGAGCCAGAGCCAAGCCUAAAGGAGGGAACUGGUGGCCUGGUCAUGGAAGGACAUCUCUUCAAACGGGCCAGCAAUGCAUUUAAGACCUGGAGCAGACGCUGGUUCAUCAUUCAGAGCAACCAGCUGGUAUAUCAGAAGAAGUACAAGGAUCCUGUAACUGUAGUGGUGGAGGACCUUCGGCUCUGCACAGUGAAGCUCUGCCCCGACUCAGAAAGGCGGUUCUGCUUUGAGGUGGUGUCCCCCAGCAAGUCCUGCCUCCUCCAGGCUGACUCAGAGCGCCUGCUGCAGCUGUGGGUCAGCGCCGUGCAGAGCAGCAUCGCCUCCGCUUUCAACCAGGCUCGCCUUGAUGACAGCCCCCGGGCUCCAGGCCAGGGCUCAGGACACCUGGCCAUAGGCUCUGCUGCCACCCUGGGCUGUGGCGGGAUGGCCAGGGGCAGGGAACCUGGGGGAGUUGGGCAUGUGGCAGCCCAGGUGCAGAGUGUGGAUGGCAAUGCCCAGUGCUGCGACUGUCGGGAGCCAGCCCCGGAGUGGGCCAGCAUCAACCUUGGGGUCACCCUCUGCAUUCAGUGCUCUGGCAUCCACAGGAGCCUUGGUGUCCAUUUCUCCAAAGUCCGCUCUCUGACCCUUGACUCAUGGGAGCCAGAACUAGUGAAGCUGAUGUGCGAGCUGGGAAACGUAGUCAUCAACCAGAUCUAUGAGGCCCGUGUGGACGCCAUGGCAGUGAAGAAGCCAGGGCCCAGCUGCUCCCGGCAGGAGAAGGAGGCCUGGAUUCAUGCCAAGUACGUGGAGAAGAAAUUCCUAACCAAGCUUCCUGAAGUGCGAGGGCGAAGAGGCAGCCGGGGCCCCCCCCGGGGGCAGCCUCCUGUGCCCCCUAAGCCUUGCAUCAGGCCCCGGCCAGGGAGCUUCAGCCGCAAGCCAGAGCCCCCCUCUGAUGACCUGGGCAGCCUGCACUCUGGCGCCCUGCUGUUUCGAGCCUCUGGGCAUCCUCCAUCCCUUCCCACCAUGGCUGAUGCCCUUGCCCAUGGAGCCGAUGUCAACUGGGUCAAUGGGAGUCAAGAGAAUGCCACGCCACUGAUCCAAGCCACAGCUGCUAAUUCUCUUCUGGCCUGUGAGUUUCUCCUCCAGAACGGAGCGAACGUGAACCAAGCGGACAGCGCAGGCCGGGGCCCGCUCCACCACGCAACCAUUCUUGGCCACACGGGGCUAGCGUGCUUGUUCCUGAAACGGGGGGCUGACCUGGGGGCUCAGGAUUCAGAAGGCAGGGACCCUCUGACCAUCGCCAUGGAAACAGCCAACGCUGAUAUCGUCACGCUGCUGCGAUUGGCAAAGAUGAGGGAAGCCGAAGCAGCCCAGGGCCAGGCAGGAGAUGAGACGUAUCUCGACAUCUUCCGCGACUUCUCCCUCAUGGCAUCAGACGACCCGGAGAAGCUGAGCCGGCGUAGUCAUGAUCUUCACACGCUUUGAUCCCAGGCCUUCGGGGGCCCCGCACACCCAGGACCUCCCCUCCCCACCGCCGACCCCA